UAGGACCUGCGGGGGCCUCCCGGGCCGCGGCGCCUCCCGCUCCCCCGCUCCCCCAGCCCUCCUCCCCUCCACCCCAAAAUGAGGAAACGGAGCAACUUGUUCCAAGUUGUGCAGCCGGGGCUGCCUCGGGGUGCGCAGCCAGCGCGCGGGGGCCCUCCUGGGUGUGGGCGCGGGGCGCGGCCCGGGGGCGCCCCCUGAGCAGGUGAGCCCUCGCUUCCUCCGUGCCUGGCACCCCACGUUCAUCUCAGCCAGGAUGCCAACGAGGCGCUGGGCCCCAGGCACCCAGUGCAUCACCAAGUGUGAGCACACGCGCCCCAAGCCGGGAGAGCUGGCCUUCCACAAGGGCGACGUGGUCACCAUCCUGGAGGCCUGUGAGAGUAAGAGCUGGUACCGUGCCAAGCACCACGCCAGCGGGCAGGAGGGUCUGCUGGCGGCCGGGGCGCUGCGCGAGCGAGAGGCGCUGUCGGCGGACCCCAAGCUCAGCCUCAUGCCGUGGUUCCACGGGAAGAUCUCGGGCCAGGAGGCCGUGCAGCAGCUGCAGCCGCCCGAGGACGGGCUGUUCCUGGUGCGCGAGUCGGCGCGGCACCCCGGCGACUACGUGCUGUGCGUCAGCUUCGGCCGGGACGUCAUCCACUACCGCGUGCUGCACCGCGGCGGCCGCCUGACCAUCGACGAGGCCGUGAGCUUCUGCAACCUCAUGGACAUGGUGGAGCACUACAGCAAGGACAAGGGGGCCAUCUGCACAAAGCUAGUGAAACCCAAGAGGAAGCAGGGCACCAAGUCGGCAGAAGAGGAGCUGGCCAAAGCUGGCUGGUUACUGAACCUGCAACAUUUGACGCUGGGUGCACGGAUUGGAGAGGGUGAGUUUGGAGCGGUCUUGCAGGGUGAGUACCUGGGACAGAAGGUGGCUGUGAAGAACAUCAAGUGCGAUGUGACAGCCCAGGCCUUCCUGGAUGAGACGGCGGUGAUGACGAAGAUGCAGCAUAAGAACCUGGUGCGUCUGCUGGGCGUCAUCCUACACCAGGGGCUCUACAUCGUCAUGGAGCACGUGAGCAAGGGCAACCUGGUGAACUUUCUGCGCACACGAGGCCGGGCCCUCGUGAGCACCCCCCAGCUCCUGCAGUUUUCCUUGCACGUCGCCGAGGGCAUGGAGUACCUGGAGAGCAAGAAGCUGGUGCAUCGAGACCUUGCCGCCCGCAAUAUCCUCAUUUCCGAGGACCUGGUGGCCAAGGUCAGUGACUUCGGCCUGGCCAAAGCCGAGCGGAAGGGGCUGGACUCAAGCCGGCUGCCAGUCAAAUGGACGGCGCCUGAGGCUCUCAAACAUGGGAAGUUCUCCAGCAAGUCGGAUGUCUGGAGUUUCGGAGUGCUUCUGUGGGAGGUGUUCUCAUACGGCCGGGCUCCGUACCCCAAGAUGUCGCUGAAGGAGGUGUCCGAGGCCGUGGAGAAAGGGUACCGCAUGGAGCCCCCCGAAGGCUGCCCGGCCCCCAUCCAUGCCCUCAUGGGCGGCUGCUGGGAGGCUGAGCCUGCCCGCCGGCCGCCCUUCCGAAAACUGGCAGAGAAGCUGGCCCGGGAGCUGCGCAGCGCAGGCGCCUCGGCCCCGGUGGGGGGCCAGGACGCGGACAGUUCUCCCUUGCCCCGAAGCCAGGAGCCCUGACCCUGCCCAGUGAGGCCUUGGGCCCCAGAGGAGAGCGUGGAGGGCGCGGGGUGGGGCAGGGGCCAAGGCCUGAGGAGGGUCACGGCCGGUGAGCUGCCCAUCUGGCUCGCAGCAGGGCAGGCCCUCAUGGGGGACUCCAGGCGGCCCGUGGACACCACAGACCGGGGAGGCAAGGGGUCAGCGCCUCCAUAAAGCCUGGUUCCAAGGACGGUGGGUGUCUGAGUCUCUCUGCAACCCUU